AUGACUGAAGUAACAACAACUCCACCAACAACAUCAACACCAACAACUUCACCACAAAAUUUAAGUGAAGAAGAUAAACUUUGGAAAAUUGUUCAAACUAAUCCAUUGGCAUUUAAUCAAUGGACAUUUUUAAUUGGUGUAAUAGAGAAAACUAAUGAUAUUGAAAAGAUUAGAAAAGUGUAUAGUGAAUUUUUAAAUGAAUUUCCAUUAUGUUUUUUAUAUUGGAAAAGAUUUGCAGAUCAUGAGUAUGCUCAUAAUAAUACAACUCAAUCAAUUGAAAUAUUUGAAAAAGCAGUAUCAUCAAUUCCACAUAGUGUUGAUAUUUGGUUAAAUUAUUGUACUCAUUUAAUUGAUAAAUCUUAUCCAGUUGAUGAAAUUAGAAGUGUAUUUAAAAGAGGCAUUAAUAUUAUUGGUACAGAUUAUCAAAGUGGUAAAUUUUGGGAAAAAUAUAUUGAAUUUGAAAUGGGACAAGAGAAUAAUGAAUUAGCAUCAAUAUUUAAUAGUAUUUUAAAGACACCAUUAGAGAAUUUACAAAUUUUUAAUGAAAAAUUUAAAGAUAAUAUCGAUAGAAUUAAAAUUAAUGAUAUGUUAACAGAAGAAGAAAGAAAAGAAUACACUGGUUAUGAUGCUGAAACUAAACAAAUGGUCUUACAAAAUAGAGAGAAAUGGUAUCAUGAAACUUUAGAAAAAAUUUCAAAAAGAUCAAAUUUUGAAUCAAUUGUAAAUAAAAGAUUCUUCUUUCAUAUUCAACCAAUUGAUGAAAUGACAUUAUCAGUAUGGAGAUCAUAUUUCAAUUAUAUGGAAUCUGAUCCAUCUGUAACUCAAGAGGAAGUUAUUAAACUUUUUGAAAGAUGUUUAGUACCAUGUUGUUAUUAUUCAGAAUUUUGGUUAAAAUAUAUUAAAUUUUUACAAGAAAGUUAUGUUGGAGAUAAUAAGAAUGAAUUAAUUGAAUCAAUAUUUGAGAGAGCGACAAAGAUAUUCUUAAAAAAGAGAGCUGAUAUUCAUUUGGAGUAUUCAUUAUUCGUAGAGUCAACAUUGGGUAAUAUUGAAAAGGCAUUUUCAAUUUUGGAGAAUAUACAUUCAUUAUUACCAACUCAUUUAGAGGUGAUUUUAAGAUUGGUUUCAUUUAAACGUAGAAAUCAUUCAAUUCAACAAGCAAAUCAAUUCUUUAAAAAGGUUCUAACAAGUUUACAAUCUGAUUCCAAGACUUAUCCUUUCUUAUCUAUAAAUUAUAUUUCAUUUUUAUUAUCAAAUAAACAAUCAUUACAAGGUGAAAAAGAAGGUGAAGAGGAAGCUGAUAAAAUUGUUGACGUUUUUGAAACAUCAAGAGAGGUUUUAAAGAAAUCAAUUUCACUUUAUCCAGAUUCAAAAUUAUUAUGGUUAUAUUUUAUAAAUUUUGAAAUUAAUAAUUUAUUAUUUAUUAUAAGUGGCAGUGGUAGUAGUGAAAAAAGAAUUGAACAAAUUGAAAGAAUUAAAAAAGUUUAUAAUAUUGCAUUAUGUUUAGAUAAAAAUAAAAUUAAAAAUAAUGGUAAAGAAAAUAAAGAAGAAAAUAAAGAAGAAAAUAAAGAAAAUACUAAUAAUGAAGAAAAAGAAAAAGAAAAAGAUGAUGAAGAAAAAGAUGAUGAAGAAAAGGAUGGAAAUGAAAUUUUAGUUUGUAAAUUAAAUGAUGAUGAAAAAUUGAAUAUUUGGAAUGACUAUUUAGAAUUUAAUUUACAAUAUGAUAAUGAUAUUAAAGGUUAUAAAGAGUUAAAGAAUAAAUUUGAAAGUUUAUAUCCUGAUGGUAAACCAGAAUCAAAGAAAAGAUCACUAACCGAUAUGAAUUUACAAUCAUCAUCGUCAUCAUCAUCAUCAACAACAAAUGGUAUUAUUAAUAAUGGUAAUAAUGAUGGUCCACUAAAUAAAAGAGUUGCUUAUUCUGUACCACCAACUUCAAAUAAUAAUGGUGUAAUUCAAAAUAAUAGUUAUAUUUAUCAGCAACAACAAGCUCAACCACAACAUCACCAUCAACAACAACAACAUCACCAUCAACAACACAUACAACAACAACAACAACAUCACCAACAACAACAUCAAGGUUUUUAUGGUGGAUAUGGUUAUUAA